AUGUCGAUUUCUCUGAUGACCGCGUCGUCGGUUGGACCACAUUCGCGCACCACACGGACUACAGGCGGCCGCUCCCUGAGCCUCGUGUUCCACCAGAAGUCGGGCGACCUCUACAUCGCCGACGUCUACAAGGUCCUGCUUGAGUUCACAUUUCAAAAUCAAUCCAAUUGGUACUAUACCACCAUACAUAGUGGACAGAGGAAGAGGAGCAGGGGAAUACGAGACACUGACAAGAGCGCGGCGACGAAGGAGUACUUGACGGCGGCUGCAAAGACGGGAGACCGAGAUGAGCACCGGCUGCAGCAGGCAGCAGCCGCAACGCGCCUGCCCAGACCAGCACCACGGCUGCGGCGUUUUCCUGGGCCGGAGUUCAGAAUUGUGCCGCCGUCAGAGUUGGAGUUGGAGCAGAGCACGGGGAAACAGAGACGUGCAUCAGCGGCGGAGAUCAAGGCGAGACCCAUUGAGCACAGCAUCCGCCUGCCGCUCCCCAGCGGUGUCACUGGUGCCGAAAGCCUUGCCUUUGACGCGUGCGGGCAGGGUCCCUGUGACGGUGUCUCCGACGGCCGCGUCCUCCGGUGGGGCAGCAGCGCCUUAGGGUGGACAACCUUUGUGCACCACGACGAUUACAGGCAGAUCCCACUGUGCAGUGUCCCCGUGACACCAUCGCGAGAGACCGAGGGAAUCUGCGGGCUCCUGCUGGGGCUCGCGUUCCACCAGAAAUCAGGCAACCUCUACAUCUUAGACGCCUACGACGGUCUCUUGAGGGUUGGCUCGUAUACGGAUUGCGGAUCUAACGAUUUUGACUUUGGAAUAAUCUUGAUGUAAUUUUUAGAUUUAUCAGUGUUGGAGAAUACAAUGCAAACUUGUAGAGUGUUCUCAA